AUGACGGCCCUCGACCGCGCCCUCUUCUCCAUCUCGCUGCAGCUCAUCGCGCUGCGCAUUCCCGCGCGCAAGUGCAACGCCUUCAUGCAGGCGCUCCAGGGCCACGCGCCCUGCACGACGCGGCUGCUGCUGCUCGACGAGGGGAUCGACGACCUGCAGCUGACCAAGCUGCCCGACGAGCUGAGGGACUACGUCGCUGCAGAGGGCGGCGAACCCGUCCGCCACUCGGUCACAAUCGGGUACGACAAGUUCAGCGCCGAGCAAGUGCUUCGGCGGCUGCUGCCCGAGGGGAUGGAGGUGCCCAGCGCCUUUGAGCAGGUGGGGCACGUGGCGCACAUGAACUUGCGCGAGGAGCAUCUGCCGUACAAGGCGCUGAUUGGAGAGGUCAUCGCCGGCGACGAGGACCUCGAGACGACGGUGCGCGAGGCGGGGCGCCUGUGGCUCGGAUUGCUCGGUCCCUUUCCUCACCACCGGGGUGGCUGCAUUGGUGAGGUGCGCGAGAACGGCGCCACUUUCGCCCUCGACUACCGCGAGGACCUCAACCCGCAGUCAGCAAAGUGGCUGCGCACAAACGUGCUGCGGAACAAGGCGGCAGGAGGGGCGGAGGCGGCGACGUCGGCUGCAGAGGGGGCUGGGGAGGCGCCGACGCUGGCGUUUGGGCCCUUCAGCCACAUCCUGAUGAACCUCCCCGCUUCGGCGCUCGAGUUUCUCGACGCGCUGGUGGGCGCUUUCGACGCGGAGACGUGGCACGCGCCGCUGCCGCGCGUGCACUGCUACUGCUUCUCCAAGGUUGCUCUCUGA